AUAAGAUUAAAUUAAAUAUUUUUACACUUGAGCGGAAUACUUGAUUCGAUUAUCAGUUCUUAAUUAGACAUGUGGAUUAUGUGUCCCAGUUGUUGAGGAAACAAUGAGAGGGAUCUGACUUAUUAAAGGGGUACUUGACCAUAUGGUGAAUUUGCGCGCAUGUUUAUAUUGAAGAAUUGAAAUAUGAGAACAAUGCUAACUUUGUAUAGCCAUGAAAGCUAGUUUGUUAAUUGGCGAUAUCGGCACCUUGACAUUUCCACAUGGUAUUAAGUACGUCCUCAGUAUCUUUCCAGUCAAGUAGGCGGCAUGUGAAGAAAUUAGCUGAUUAGAAUCUCUGUCCCUCAUAGUUCUACUCAUAGUCUCUAUCGUGGUGUUAUUAAUGGACAGAGGAGGUGAAUUAAAUUAGCGCGUAAGUUACCUUUGUACAAAGGGAAAUUUGUUGACUUGACAUCAACAUUAUGGAGAGAACGUGCUUCUACCGAGAUGGCCACUCAUUGCAGAAUUUGGUUUUGCAUUUCGUUCUCCAUGAUGCGGCUUCUCAGAAAUUUGUUAUGACAGACCUGUGCUAUACUAGUUUAGGAUUUAGUCUUUCUGUUAGAAACUUGUAAAUAGUAGUUGCCUGUAGAUAAAUGGAGUCAAACUGGGUUGAAGUGUUAGGUAAUGACCGUAGGACAGCUGACGUCGACUCAAAAAGUAAAGUAGCAUCUCAGUACGUGGCACGUAUAGUUGGAGCUGGCACUGAGAAGCUGGAGGAGCUAUCGUUUCAACCAAAUUGUAGCUCAUUUUAUAGCACGCUUGGUAAGAGGAAGAGGACUGUGGAAGGUGAAUCUAAUUGCAGAUCACAUCUCAGGAAAUCGACAGUUAAGAACUACUCAAAUUUCAUUAAAAGUGGACUGCCACAACGUGUUUUAUAUCAUCAGAAUGGUGAAUGGAAUGAUUUCCCUCAAGAUAUUGUUCGUAUUGUCAAAGAAGAUUUCCGUGCAAAGAAGGCUGUGAUUGAGGUGAACUUUGGUGGCUUUCAUGUAAUACUUGAUAUUCUAUAUAUGGUUCAGGUAAAUUUGGUUACUGGAUUGGAGAAACCUAUUGCCUGGAUAGACGAAGCAGGUGGCUGUUUCUUCCCUGAUUUAUGUCUCGUUAGUUGUAAAGCGCACGACAACAUUGAGAUCCAUUCGCAGAGAACUGAAGGAUUCAGUGCUGCUGAGCCAGAUAGGGCUACUAAUAUCAAGUUGCAUCUUGAAAUAGAUAUUAAUGGACCGAACAAUUGCAAAUUGGAUGAAGGUAUGGAAGAGUCAAAUGUCCGUGUUAAAAGGAUUAAAGUCGAUCCUUUAAAAGAUAAUCAACAAUUUGCUGUUGAUCAAAAAUCAUAUCCUAAAAUGGAAGUAGUGGCAGAAAAUCAACAGGAUCAGGAAAGUCUGUCUCCUAUAUUAGAAGAUACACUUAAGUUGGUGGAUGCAGAAUCGGUUAAAACUAUGUUUGUUAAGGGAAUGAAUACCAUCUAUAUGGUGGAUAUAGUCAAAAUUAGUCAAUGCUCAAGUAAAUAUAUGCGAAAUCGCUUGGAAUUGUUUGAGAAGCAGGUUGAGAUAACUCAAAAGUAUCGUGGGAAAUCCAAUGUUCGGCAUGCUUGGCUUGCCGCUUCCAAAGAGGUAGUAUCUACAAUUAUGAACUAUGGCCUUAUGCAUGGGGCCUGUGGACAGAAGACUAAGCUUGGUGUUGGAGUGCACCUCAUUGCCCAGGACUGUGCCUCUAAAAGUGCCGCUAGCUGUGAUAUUGACGAAAAUGGCAUCCGUUACAUGGUUCUUUGUCGUGUCAUUUUGGGCAAUGAAGAACUUUUGCAUUUUGGCUCUGAUCAAUCUUAUCCAAGCAAUGAGAGAUAUGAUAGUGGUGUUGAUGAUCUGGAGAGUCCUACUUACUAUACUGUUUGGAACAUGAAUAUGAAUACGCACAUAUAUCCUGAAUAUGUCGUGAGCUUCAGGAUGUCUUCAGGAGCAGAAGGGGCUCCAAUAAAGGAAGAAAGUCGGCUUGAUGUCUCCAGAGUUACUUCUCAGGGAUCUGAGGAGCGGUUGGACUUGAAUAAAUUGCCUACAGAAUUGGGGAACUGUCAGCAAUAUCAAUUUGUAAGAAACAUACAGCAAUCCCGUGGUGUUGGUGUGGGUACCAAUAAAUCCCCUAAAUCCCCCUGGAUGCCUUUCUCUAUGUUAUUUGGAGCUAUUUCAGCUAAAGUGUCUCCAAAAGAUUUGAAAUUGGUUCAUGCACAUUAUGACUUGUUCAGGAGCAAGAAAAUUUCCCGGAAUGAUUUCAUUAGAAGGCUGAGGUUGAUAGUGGGUGAUCAGUUAUUGAAGUCUACCAUAACCAAUCUCCAGUGUAAGCCGCCUUCCGCAUCUCCAUGCUUUAUGAAUGUGCCGAGUGGGGACAGUAAUUGUUGAGGCUGUCUGUACCAGCAAGGGUGGCUCGCUUCUUGGUGGCGAAGAGUCCACUUUUAUGAAUCAAGCGUCGUCCUCUUCUCUCUAUCUCUCUUUGUUUUUGGUGUUAUGUAGCUUUAGUUUCUUUGAACAUUUUGUGAUUAGAUGCAGUUAUGUCGAGACUUGCACCUUCUGUUCUUCUAUAUAUGCGACUUCCAAUUCUCUCCUGUCUGUGAUGGCAAUAAUUGGUGCACAGCAGAAGUUACUGGAGCUUAAAUUGGUUUUAGGUUGGGUGAUGUGCGACCAACUACGUUCCCCACCCCACCCCCUGCCAUUGAAAAUACUUUCUAUUUCAAGGUGGCAUCUUAAAAGUGCCGCUAGUCGGUUUAAUCAUGGUUUGAAGAGAAUAAAACUGUAGCAAACAUCGGUGGCGUUGUAUUUUAACAAAAGCUUAGGCGUUGUACUGUUAUCACUUUAAAGCUGAGGGGUUAAAUUUUUCCUUUCUGAGUUUCCCUCGUUUUACUUGCAUUAUCAUGUUUCUAUAAUUCACUUGCCUAAAAACUCUUGAACAUUGUUAUAAUAGCCUUCUAUUAUAAACUUG